AUGGAGAUAAUUAGUCAAUCUGAGGUAUAUGAAGAGGACAGGCAUAAUAAGAUAUAUGAUCAUGAAAGUCAUCAACUUGGUUCUGAUUUGGACUUGAGUCGGACGCCACAUGAGUCUAUCACCGUAAGCCAUGGUAGUGAAUCAAGAGUUCCUGGUCAGAAGACCACAGAGCAGCAUAAAUCACAGAGUUUAGCUUCAAGUAGUUCCGGGUCUCAUAAACAGAAACUUGAAGGAUUGAAAUAGCAAAAUGUCUGUAGUUGGGUCGAUGACUAGAAAACAUGAGAAAGUCAUUUACAGAGCCUUUGCUGUUGCUAUAAUUGAUCAGGAGCAUAUUCCUCUAGCAUUGAAUCAGAUCUCAAUGAAAGAUGACAAAUUCAUUCAAGCAAAGAACGUGGUCAUGGCUUUUCGGAUAAACUCACCUGAAGAGGUCCUUGUUAGAUCCAAAGAUGGCAAUGAUAUUGUCGAAGGCUUUGAUAAUGGAGAUCUCGAAGGCUGAGGAGAAAAAUUACUACAUUUAUUACAGAGAAUCUCUGUAGAAAAUAUACUUAUAAUCAUAGCUAUCAGCUAUUUUGGCUUGAAAGGAUCUCUUCAAAUCGGAUCUUACUCUCACUGAAUUAAUAUUGCAAGGGAUCUACUAACUUCCUUGCAUAACAAAGCUCUUGACUUUGAGCAAAAAUCUGAAGCUGAAGGUGAAGAUGAUGAGGUUUUAGAUGUUGAGGAUGAACUUCAAGGUGUUGGCAAUAAGAUUCAUCUUGUAGCAGGAGGAGAGCCAUACAGAAUCUCACCAUUUAAGGCUACUUCAAACAGACAUAGCAUACUGCAAAAUCAGAGGAAGAGAAUAAGGACUAGCCAUAAUAGAAUAAAAGUCAGCUCAAAUUAUCCUUUGCAAGAUCUAUAUUCCCCUCAAUCAGUGACGGACAACGAAAACUCAGUAGCUAGCAUUCCUAAAUAGGGCUACAAUGUCUCCUUAUUUUGGUCAGCAGCAAGACAUUGAUCAAAGCCAGGUUAUCCCUAGAGUUUUUAACUUUCCAGAAUUUAUGAACAAAAAUCAUCGAUACACUAAAAGGCCAAAUACUUAUUUCGCAGAGUUGGCUGCAGCAAAUAGCAAAUUCUCUAAUACAUCCAGAAGACAGAGACGUCGGAAAAAUGGGAAGAACAGCACUGGUAUUCAUCUAGAAGCUCAUGGAAAAAUGAUGCAAUAUAAUAUGAACGGAGACUUGAAUUUACACCAACCUGGAGCCUUCUCUUCUGAUGCACGUCAAAGGUCAAGUUAUGGGCAAAGUUUCAGGAUGACCCAAGCAAACUACACAGGGAUAAAUCACCAAAGAAGAUUAGCGUCGUAUUCAAUGAAUAGGAAUAAGCUGAACAAGACUACGAAUAUUAUAAACCCGCAUUUGCCAAGAAUUUCAGAUCAAUCUCCGUUUUCACCACUGAAAUCCUCUACUAAUGAGAUCAUCACUGAAGAGGUGAAGUCCCCUGCAGAGAAAUAAGAUAAUUUAAAGAUGUUAAACGGAGAUAUAAGAAAAAAGAAGAGACUUUGAAGCGUAAAAGUAUCGAAGCCCAUCGCCUCGCCAAAAUUCAGAGGAAAUCUGACCUUGAAGGUCUUGAAAUAUCAAAGGACCAGCCAAAGCUUAAGGUUGUGAAAAAACCAGUUUUUACAUGAAUUCCUAAAAGAAAGGCAGAGCCUAAGCCAGGAAAUUUCCUACAGCCGAAGAGAUUGAUUCUGACAGAUUAUAAAGUUCUGGUUCCCUCUGCAAAAGCAGCUCCCACUGUAUCUGUCUUUAACAUUCAUGACAACCUUCCUAAUAGUGAUUCAAGAGAGCAUCUGGAUGAAGUAGAAAUCCCUGAUAUUGAUUUGACUAACUACGACAACGCCUCAUUGGGAUUCGUCCUUAAUGCUGAGGUGGAAAAACCAAAGUUCCGUAUUCAGGACGUCAAGAGAAUGAUGGACGAAGUUCCUAACGAUAUCCAUAAGCUUGAAGACUAUAUUGAUCAUGUUGAGCUUGACGAUAAACCGACCAAUGUUCUCGUCAAGUUGGCAGAACAGUGAAAGAAAAGGAGAAGAAAGCUGUAUAAAGAUCUCAAAAAUCCAGAUAGUAGUUCUGAAAGUAGUAAUGAAAGUCAAGAAGAUGAAAUGAUUGCUAACUUCAAGUCCUAUCGGAUUCAAAAUAAAUAUUAAUCAAUUCAGUUUUAUGAAAA